AUGCCAGCUAUAAAACCAAGUUUGGUCUGUGCUGAAGAUGAGUGGUCUCCGCUCCAGUCAGUUAUUGUUGGGCGCGCAGAGCAUUCUGCUUUCCCCUCCGAGCCCGAGCAUAUGAUUAAAGCUACGAUGCCAGAUGAGCACCAGCACCAGUUUAAGCGAUCAAACCCCUUCCCCGCCGAGAUUCUUGAGAAAGCGCAGCAAGAGCUGGACUAUUUUGCCUGCAUUUUAGAGCGUGAGGGUAUUCGUGUUUACCGCCCUAAUGAGGUCAACUGGCUUAAGAUCGGCGGCUACACUGGAUCCAUGGCGCGAGACAGCUUGAUGACCGUUGGCAACACGGUGAUCGAAGCACCAUUUGCUUGGGGCUGCCGAAGGCAUGAGGUAGAGCUUGCUUUCGGCGAUAUUCUUGCCUCCCUUGUGGAGGACGGAUCCAGCAGAGUUAUUCGUGCUCCAAAUCUUAUGGGUAGAGAUACCCUUUACGAUAAUGUCAAUUCUUGCGACAACAAUGGAACUCAUACCUGGGCUAUCAACAAUAGCCGGCCUGCUUUUGAUACCGCCGAUUUUAUGCGAUUUGGCAAAGUGAUCAUCGGGCAACUCAGCAAUGUUACCAACAUGAAAGGUGUCGAAUACCUUCGGUCCGUAAUUCCAGAAGGCUAUUCAGUUGAGGUCCUGAAUACAAACGACCCUCACGCUAUGCAUAUCGAUGCUACGAUCUUACCUCUGAGAAAUAAACUCAUGGUUUAUCAUCCUGAAAGAGUCGACGAGAAAACCUUGCGACAACAUGCUGUAUUUAAAGACUGGGAACUCUAUGCCUAUCCUUUUAGCCCAGAAAACAAGGAGGGCCCGCCUUUAUAUAUGACGUCUCCAUGGCUUGUUCUUAACGCGCUCAGCUUAGAUGAGCGCCGUAUCAUGGUGGAAGCAAAGGAUACGGUGUUUGCAGAGUGGGUUAAAGAAAAGUUCAAUAUGGAGCCCAUUAUGUGUCCUUUCCAGCAUGUCAAUGCCAUUGGUGGGUCAUUCCACUGUGCCACAGUUGAUCUUGUCCGAACAAGCUAG